CCAGCAAUCUCCCAGCAUCAGAACGUUCCUUCUGCAGCUCGGAGCCAUGGAUUUUGAAGACAUCCUGAAGACAGUUGGAGGCCUGGGAAAAUACCAAGCCAUCCAUAUUUUCCUAAUCUCAGUACCAGUUUUUUUCAUGGCCGGCCAUAACCUGCUUCAGAACUUUGUGGCCGCUGUACCCGACCACCGGUGUAGGGUGCGCCCGGGAGCCAACGGCACGAGGUACCUCAACGCGACAGAGGAGCCACUGAACGAGGAGCUUCUCCGGGUCUUCGUGCCCCUGGACCGGGAGGGGAGGCCGGACAAAUGCCUCCUGUACACCUCACCGCAGUGGCAGCUCCUGGGCACCAACGAGACGUGGGGGUACCGGAGCCAACCCGACACACAGGCGUGCACUGAUGGGUGGGUGUACGACCGGUCCCAGUUCACAGCUACCAUCGUGACAGAGUGGGACCUCGUGUGUGGUCAGAAGUCUCUGAAGAGGAUGACGCAGUCAAUCUACAUGGCCGGGCUGCUGAUCGGGGCCGUUGUACUGGGCAGACUCUCCGACAAGUAUGGCCGUCGGACUCUCCUGCUCUGGUCCCACUUCCAGGUAGUGGCCUCUGGAACGUGCGCCGCCUUCUCCUCCUCCUUUCCGCUCUACUGCUUCUGGAGGUUUCUCUCGGGGGUAGGGUUGUCGGGGGUGAUAAUCAAUGGAAUCUGUCUCAAGAUCGAAUGGAUUCCAACCAAGGUUCGAACUUCUAUGUCAAUGAUCAGCAACUUCUCCUACACCUUCGGCCAGCUCAUCCUGACCGGCCUUGCCUACUGGAUCAAAGAUUGGCGCUGGCUCCAGUUCGCAGUGUCCAUUCCGUUUCUUGUUUGCUUCCUUUAUUCUUGGUGGUUCGCUGAGUCUGCCCGAUGGCUCAUCGUAAACGGCAAGGCUGAAGCUGCUCUGAAACAACUCAAAAGGGUGGCAAAGAUGAACGGCCAGGAGGCAGAAGGAGAGAAGCUCACCGUUGAAGUCCUCAGUGCAAGCAUAGCCAAUGACCAGCUGCACACCAGGAACCAGAGCGUGGUCAAUCUGUUCCGGACACCCAUGAUGCGGAGGAUCGCAUGCUGCACCAUGAUGAUUUGGUUUUCAACAGGCUUUGCAUAUUAUGGGCUGUCGAUCGACCUGCAAGGGUUUGGAGUUGACAUCUACCUCAUUCAACUCAUUUUUGGAGCAGUUGACAUUCCCGCAAAGAUUUGUGCCUUCCUUACCCUGAGCCUGAUAGGGAGAAGGUUCACGCAGAGCACCUCCCUUAUCCUGGCAGGGGGAACACUGCUGGCAAAUGCCAUUAUUCCAAAAGACAUGCAGACUGUCCGGACUUCACUUGCUGCCUUUGGGAAGGGGUUUCUCUCAGCUGCCUUCAGCUGUUGCUACAUUCAUGCCGGAGAACUGUACCCAACAGUGGUCCGGCAGACAGGAAUGGGGCUUGUGGGCACCAUGGCUCGGCUCGGAGCGAUGGUGGCUCCCAUCAUAAGGAUGAGUGGUGACUACAUCCCUGUCCUGCCACCGACUUUAUAUGGCGGAAUGGCCAUAGCAGCUGGAAUAACCUCCAUCUUCCUGCUGGAGACACAUAAGGUUCCGUUACCAGAGAGGAUUGAAGAUGUGGAGAACAGGUUUGUAUUGGCCACACAUCAGUUGUGGUUUUCAAUAUAUUGA